AUUGGAAACAACAGGAGGUGGAAAUCUUUUCACAGGUGUUAUCUAUGAAUUUUGCUAUCCUGAGAUAGUUUUGUUUCUAUUGAAUUGAACCUUCAUACAAAUACAUAUCAAUGAUGCAACUUGCUGAAGUCUUGGGCUCGUGUGCAUUCUAGAUGCUUGGAUACCCUUCCAUCGCUUUUGCUAUUCAGGUUAUUUCAAAGAAAACAUAAAGCUACAAAGCAGAAAUUUGAUGGACUUGGCCAUAUGCCGGAAUCUCAAUCGCCAGCGAUGCUCCCGCUCCCAUGCGCGCCGAGUUCAUCCUGGGCGGUGUUCUGGGGGCGCUUUCGAGCACUCUUCCACAAUGCUGAUCCAAGGGUGUGUGCUGCAUUUUGGUUAUUUGGCUUAAUCAACAAUGUUCUCUAUGUUAUCAUUCUAUCGGCGGCCCUCGACCUCGUGGGCCCUGAAAUCCCCAAAGGCGUCGUCCUUCUUGCCGAUGUUAUCCCUUCGUUCUUGACCAAGCUCUGCGCCCCCUACUUCAUCCACCUUGUUCCGUAUCCCAUCCGGAUACUCAUAUUUGUCGCGCUCUCCGCCGGCGGCAUGCUCCUCAUCGCCCUGUCGCCGGCCUACGACCCAAACAACCCCGCGCAGAACUUCAUAUCCACCAAGAUGUGUGGUGUGGUGCUCGCUAGCCUAUCAUCCGGCGGCGGGGAACUGAGCUUCCUGGGCCUUACUCAUUUCUACGGAGAGUUUAGCCUGGCCGCGUGGAGCAGCGGGACGGGAGCAGCGGGACUGGUAGGUGCGGGAGCGUACGCGCUGGCGACGACGUCGUUUAAGUUGAGCGUGCGCACAACCCUGUUGGCUUCAGCGUGUCUACCAGGAGUGAUGGUUAUGAGCUUUUUUAUGAUCUUGCCGCUCACGCCAUUGAGGAAGCUCGAGAGGACCGGAGAAGGGUAUCAGCCCAUUUUGGGCGAGGGGGCCGGUGAGAGAAGUACUAAUUAUGAUACGAACGAUAGUGGAGUGAUCGGGAACGAUUUCCAGGACGACAGGGCAGAGAACGAGGGGCUACCCGAAGCCAACGCUGAUAACGAUAUCAAGGCCCCUCACCUCGGAGAUGAAGGGCUAUCGUGGAAGCAGUUCAAGACCAAUUUGAAGCGAGCCAAAGUUUUGUUUUUCCCCUUCAUGCUGCCUCUUCUCCUUGUCUACAUCGCAGAGUACACGAUCAACCAAGGGGUGGCUCCUACACUACUCUUCCCCCUGGAUGAGAGCCCGUUCUCCCACUUCCGCUCGUUCUACCCGACCUACAACGCCAUCUACCAGAUCGGGGUGUUCAUCUCGCGCUCCUCGACGCCCUUCUUCCGCGUCCACGAUCUAUACUUCCCAUCUUUCCUGCAAGUUGCCAACCUCGCGAUCCUCACGCUGCAGGCGCUGUUCAACUUCAUCCCCAGCGUCUACAUCGUGUUCAUCGUCAUUUUCUGGGAGGGAUUGCUGGGAGGACUGGUGUAUGUUAACACCUUUGCGGAGAUCACAGACACGGUGCGGGAGGAGGACCGUGAGUUCUCGCUCGGCGCGACAACGGUCAGCGACUCUGGCGGCAUCUGCGUGGCCGGACUGCUGGGGAUGGUGUUCGAGGUGUGGUUGUGCAGCUGGCAGGUCAGCCGGGGAAGAGAUUACUGCAAGAAGAUAUAG